CCAGAUCAACUGCACUUAUCCAAAGGCACAAACACUUCAGCAUGAAACCUGGGACUGUGUUUGUGUUCGCACUGCUGUGUGGAGUAGAGGCUGGCAGGGUUUUGGUGUUGCCGGGCGAGUACAGCCACUGGCUCAACAUGCGUGCGAUCGUAGACGCGUUAGUUGAUAAGAACCACAGCGUAACGGUUCUGGUCAGCUCUUCAUCAGCUACUGUACAGUACGCACGGAAGGAGCGGUUCGACUUCAAUGUGUUUAAAGUCAAGAUGAAGAAAGAAGAGGCCAUUGCCGUCUGGAGUGACUUUAUUCAUCUCUGGAUGAAUGACACAGCCACCACAUACGAGACAAUCACCACAAUCUGGCGAGUGAUGUCAAACUUUAUGGUGCUUGCUACUGAUACAUGCAAGGGCAUGUUUCACAAUGAGGAUCUUUUACACACACUUCAGGAAUCUCAUUAUGAUGUGCUUUUUUCGGAUCCAAUGAUGCCAUGUGCUGACUUGAUGGCAGAGACGCUGAAAAUCCCACACGUCAUCUCACUGCGCUCAACGUUCGCAUAUAAUUUAGAGCAUCUUUGUGGUCAGAUUCCCACACCACCGUCCUAUGUUCCUGCGGUCGCUGUGCAGGAUCACCUCACUGACCAUAUGAGCUUCACAGAGAGAGUUGAAAACAUGCUCCUCUACAUCAUGUAUACAACCAUAUUUCGCUUGCACAUGAGGUUUACUUUUGAUCGGCUUUACACUGAAAUAUGGGGCAAACCUACAACAAUGUGUGAGACCAUGGGAAAAGCUGACAUCUGGUUGAUUAGAACGUACUGGGAUUUUGAGUAUCCACGCCCACUCCUGCCUAAUUUUAAAUUUGUUGGAGGACUACACUGCAAACCUGCCAAGCCUCUGUCAAAGGAAUUGGAGAAGUUUGUUCAGAGCUCAGGAGAUCAUGGCAUUGUUGUUUUCUCAUUGGGUUCCAUGAUCAACAACCUGACAAUGGAAAGAGCAAACACUAUUGCUUCUGCUCUUGGUCAGAUCCCACAAAAGGUUGUUUGGCGUUACAGUGGAAAAACACCAGAAACCCUCGCCCCCAAUACAAAACUCUACGACUGGAUCCCACAGAAUGAUUUGCUCGGUAAGGAAACUUUCUUAGGCCUUUGA